AUGCUGGACAGAUCAUUGAUUAAUACGCUCCACAAUGGCUAUCAAGAUUAUACAGUACCUCAACACAGACUUCAAGGGAGGAAACCAAGGCACAAAAUGAACACUCAAGCCCUUCAAGAUCCUAUUAAGCGGGAUUGCUUCCAAAUGACUUUUAAGGACCAUCUGCUAUUGGAGUUCCCUGAUAACAUCAGGAAAUACUGGACCAAGCUAAAGACAUCCAUUAUUGCAGUCUGUGAACAAACUAUUGGAUACCAAACCAAGAAACACCAGGACUGGUUUGAUGAGAAUGAUAGUGAGAUUGAAUGCAGUAUUGACAAGAAAAGGUAG